CCAAUGACAUUAGCAAUAGAAUACGGAAGUUUUACAUGAGCAGGUUCUUGAACCCUUCUUGCUUGCACUCCUCACACCAAUCUUGACCGUCCACAGAUCUUUUCUUGCCUGACCUUUCCCUUCUCGUGGACUUCAACUCUGAUACGGAGAGUAAAUGCCUAUAAUUGUCCCAGUUGCGAUACAACACUGCUAACGUCCCUCUUACCAACCAAUUACAAUCCUGUGCGAUUGUUUUAUCCUCUCUUCUAUAUUCUUUGCCGUCUCCAUACGUAGAUGGCAUCAGUGGGCAUUCGUCUUGAAGGGAAUGGUCUUUGCCGGUUUUCUGAAAACAAUCCCGUCAAGAAUGCCCAUCUGUGGCCAUGCAAUGUCAAGAUAUCUGGCAACAUGUGUGAUGGUGCAAGACUCAGAAAAGGGAGGGUCUCGAUGUCAAUGAAGAGUAUUGCAACGCCGGGAAUUGUAAAGACAGCCGAUUCUUCUGAUGGAGACAGGAAAUCUGCAGUUUUAUACGAGAAGGUUGAACAAUGGAUGAGGGAUUCUGUGGUGGAGAUUGUCAACAACUUAAGGGAAGCGCCUCUUUUGGUCCAUGUAUACGCGGAGGAAAGCGGUGGAACGACGGUGCUGAAGACGGAGAAGGAGGUGGCGGAGGAGAAAUGGCCAGGCUUGAUGGAGAGAUGGGGAAAGAGAGAGACCCAGUUGCCUGAUGGGGUGAUUUUUGUGGAGAAACUGGAGGACGGUGAAGAGGAGGAGGAGGAGGAAGAUGCGAUUACCAGGGCAUGGGGGAUCGUGGUGCAAGGGAGAGGAGUGGACUGUGGGCCUGUCUGCUACUUGCUGAAGACAAGCAGCGUAGGUGCUGGGCCUGGUUUGGGCCUGUGCUGUACUCAUUUUUGUUUGAUGAAGGUACAGAGUUUCAGGGAGACAGCCAGGUCUCAGUUCAAGAAUUGCUGGUUGUCGCAAGCGCUUUGAGACUGGAAACGGUGGCGUUUCGAUUAUCUGACACCCAUCAACCAUUGGAAAAUUAAGAGUGAUGGUUUAUGAUGUAAAUGAUUUAUACAUUUAAAAUCAAUUAUGAUUAGUCAAUUGUAACAAGAGAUUGUUUGUUCCAUUUUUUUUUUUUUUUUACUUAGCAUUA